AUGGUCCGAGGGCAGGAUUUCACACCCAAGGCUCCUUCCCCCCUCCGCUCCGACCGAUGGCAAUCGUUCUCUGCCGGGAACAAACAGCAUCCGGAUGAGCCAGCGCCUGGGUUCGACGAAACACACGAGCAAACAUACUCCUACCUGCGCGAGAGAAAACUUGCAUUCGCAGCCGACGACAGAAUCCCGGUGAAGAUGCCACAUCGGCCCGAGACGCCGCAGCUGCCAGACCCGCCGGCCCCAGCUCCCGCCGGCCCCGACUUGGGCGGCGAAACGGCCGACUUCAAACACUGA